AUGAAAUCACGUCUAGGUAAUCUCAGGCUUUACAAGUUUGAUGUGCCUUCUGAGUCUGAUGUCGGAGUUAUGAUAAUAAGCUAUGGAAGUGUACACUUGAGUGAACGGUUUCAGUUGACGCGAUGCACACGAAGAGGACGAGGAAGAGGUUCAAAAGCUGGAUUGUCCAAAUCAUUCGUAGAUUCCCUCAAUUGGUCUUUCUCGGCGCAACAUGAGUCCAACAUAACUAAACAGAUCUUCGAUUAUAUUGUCUCCAAUUUUUCGUUCAAGGAUCUUGAUAUGGUACCUCCGGCCGAUGAAGAUGCAAGAGCAAGACUCGUACCAAUUGUUGCACCAACGACUGAGAUCGUAGAUUGUUAUCAAAGUCCGGAACUGUGUCAUCUAUGUGAAAAAGGGUAUCCGAAAGAAGACGAGAUUGUUCAUAAAACAAAAUGCAAUCACAUCUUUCACGCAACUUGUAUCUCUCGUUACUUGUUGCACACUCCUCGAUGCCCUGUUUGCUCCCUUGAAUUGCCACCUGUCGACAUGCGGAGUCUUCUCUUCUUCUAA